ACGUUGGUCAAAAGUGCGCAACGUGUUCUACCGUGACGAGUGGACAGUUUUUGUUUGGUUUAAUUAGGGGGAGGCUUAAUAGUUCCAUCGUGCGAAACGGCAGCUUGCUCUAAUAUUUGCAAUAGUACCUAUUUAAGUGACUACUCAGAAAUUUGACAUACAGCCAGAGCUCCAAUUAUGGGACAUAUAAUGCAGUUCGCCACAGUUCAAGCCUUGCAGCUAGCACCAUUUUUUAUUAGUUUGGUGCUUUAUUUUUCGCUGGUGCGCAAAGAUCCAGAGGGUGAACUAUGGACAACUGUGCUCAAAUGCUUGCCCAUAGUGGCAUUGGUGUUUUAUGUUUUGAUCAAGGGAUUUUCGCUUAACAAGCAAUUUCGCCGCUCACAAUUAAUUCUGCUUGGCUUAGUGUUUUCAUGCGGCGGCGAUGCUUUACUCAAUGUUAAUCUGUUUCCCUUCGGAAUGGUUUCCUUUGGCGUGGCGCACAUUUUCUACAUAAGCGCAUUCGGUUGGCAUCCGCUUAAGUGGAUCAUCGGAGUCUGUCUUUAUGUGCCGGUUAUUGUUUUUGUUGUUUUUGUGCGCAAAUACUUGGAUGAUAUACUCGUGAUUGGUGUACCCAUCUAUUGUGUCCUGAUUAUCACCAUGUUGUGGCGUGCCCUGGCACGAGCUUUUGAUACGAAGAGCUAUUUGGCCAGCUUCUGUGCCUUUGGCGCUGUCCUGUUUGUGAUAUCGGAUGCACUGAUUGCAGUUACCAUGUUCUUGAGUGUAGAGCUGCCCUCGCCACGACUGCAAAUCAUGAUCACCUAUUAUGCUGCUCAGUUUGCCAUUGCGUUGAGCACUUCCGAUGACGGACUGUUGCCGCCAUGUAAGAACAAAGACAAAUAAUGUUGUCAAUUGCUCAAUUAAUCUUUUAAACGCAACCACCAAAAUAUGUACUUCCAAAAUAUUAGAGUAGUUGUUAAAGCUAUUUAGUUGUGAUACCAAUUAUUUGUUAAAAAUAAAUAUCAA